AAUCUGCAGAAGAAACAGUGUCCCUCAAACUUUGAUUUACAUGGACACCAACAGAGGGUGUAUCUAGAGCCCAAGUGUGUGACAGUCAGAUGAAAGUGGCCCUUACCUAGCAAAGCCAAGUGGCUUAGUGUGGGGCAGGUUCAUGCAAGAAAUUUCUCUACUUCUCUCCACAGAUCCUCCUCAGGAUCAAGACACAGACUUGCAAAUAGUUAUGGUUGUGACUGAGUUUCUUCGUGACACCUGACCCUUUCUCAUGCUGCAAGGAAAGCUUGCUGGGAGGAGCAUGGAAUCUGGAAUGAUGCCAGAGGGCAAAGCUGAAAGGGGUCAUUUAAGUGCUGCAACUCAGAGAUUCACUCAGAAGACUGGACACAAUUCCGAAGGUCGCCCAGAAGGAGAGGACAAUGUCAUUUCUAACUGUGCCAUACAAACUGCCUGUGUCUUUGUCUGUUGGUUCCUGCGUGAUAAUCAAAGGGACACCAAUCGACUCUUCUAUCAAUGAACCACAGCUGCAGGUGGAUUUCUACACUGAGAUGAAUGAGGACUCAGAAAUUGCCUUCCAUUUGCGAGUGCACUUAGGCCGUCGUGUGGUCAUGAACAGUCGUGAGUUUGGGAUAUGGAUGUUGGAGGAGAAUUUACACUAUGUGCCCUUUGAGGAUGGCAAACCAUUUGACUUGCGCAUCUACGUGUGUCACAAUGAGUAUGAGGUAAAGGUAAAUGGUGAAUACAUUUAUGCCUUUGUCCAUCGAAUCCCGCCAUCAUAUGUGAAGAUGAUUCAAGUGUGGAGAGAUGUCUCCUUGGACUCAGUGCUUGUCAACAAUGGACGGAGAUGAUCAGACUCCUCAUUGUUGAGGAAACCCUCUUUCUACCUGACCAUGGGAUUCCUAGAGCCUGCUAACAGAAUAAUCCCAACUCAACCCCUUCCCCUACACUUGGUCAUUAAAACAGCACCAGACCG